UCGCAGUCUGAUUCAAUAUCAAGCUGUGCAUCUUGCUUUGGGCUCCUGCUUGCAUUUCCAAGUGCCGUUGCCAUGAGUUGCAACAUUAAGGAGACGAUUACUGUGGCCAGCAAAGGCAGGAGCAGUGGUGGCAGCUGUGUCAUUGGCGGUGGUGGUGGUGGUGGAGCACGGAUUUCUUCCUAUGGGAUUGGCAGUGGCAGAGGUUUUUCUGGAAGGAGUUACUGCAGUGGAGUGAAUUAUGGAGGGGGACUGAGUGUUGGUAGCUUAGCUGGUGGGAGCUAUGGAGGUGGCAGCUGCUACGGCAGUGGCCUCGGUUUUGGCCUUGGAGGCAGUGUGGUUGUUGGUGGUCUCGGUGGAGACUGUUUGCUUUCAUCCUGCGAUGAGAAGGUGACCAUGCAAAAUCUCAAUGACCGCCUGGCUUCCUACCUGGACAAGGUGAAGUGCUUGGAGAAAGAAAACGCUGAACUGGAAUGCAGAAUCAGAGAGUGGUACGCUACACAGGGCCUCUCCUGUGAGCCCCGGGACUACAGCUGCUAUUAUAAAGAAAUCGAAGAUCUUCAAAACCAGAUUGUCUGUGCGACUAUCGAUAACAACAAGAUCAUUCUGGACAUUGAUAACAGCAGAAUGGCAGCUGACGACUUCCGUGUGAAGUACGAGACGGAGCUGGCCCUUCGCCAGAGCGUGGAGGCCGACAUUAACGGCUUGCGCCAAGUCCUGGAUCAGCUGACUCUCUGCAGGUCCGACCUGGAGGCGCAGCUGGAGUCCCUGCGCGAGGAGCUGUGCUGCCUGAAGAAGAACCACGAGGAGGAAAUGAAUUGUCUGAGAAAACAAUCAACUGGAGACGUUAGCGUGGAGGUGAAUGCCUGUCCUGGACCAGAUCUCAGGCAAAUCCUGGAGGAUUUGAGAUGCCAGUAUGAAACACUGAUCGCUCACAACCGCAAGGAAGUUGAGGACUGGUAUGAGUGCAAGAUUGAGGAGGUGAAUCGGGAGGUUAUUACAAGCGGCCAGGAGGUAGAGACGUGCAACAACCAGGUCACCGAGCUGAGACGCCAGCUGCAAGCCCUGGAAAUCGAUCUGCAGGCGCAGCUCAGCCAGAGAAAUAAUCUGGAAUCCUCUCUGGCUGAGACUGAAUGUCAAUAUAACACCCUCCUUGGCGAGCUACAGAACCAGAUCACAUGUGUGGAGCAGCAACUGGCAGAAAUAAGAGCAGAAAUAGAGUGCCAGAACCAGGAAUACAAGACUCUGCUGGAUGUCAAAUGCCGUUUGGAGCAGGAGAUUCAGACCUACCGCUGCUUGUUGGAAGGAGGACAGCAGGACCUUAUUCACGGAGGAGGAAUCGGAGUAGGAAGUGGUGUAGGAGGAGUCAUUAGGACAAGCCACACGUAUACAACUUCAUCUUCCCACUGCCAGCCCCAAGUGCCGCCCUGCAAGACUGGAGACAUACAAGUGACCUGCAGAAGGAUUUGUGAUUAAGGAGCAGGGACUAGAUGAUGGUAUACAGAGUAACCCCACGAAACGACAACACGCCCUCAGCGUUCACUGCACACCUCCCUGGAGGGAAAGUAGAAGUAACCCUGCAAUGCUUUGCCGUGUAUCUACAGGGACCCACAGGGGCCCUGGGCCACCUUCCUCUGUCCUGCUGCUUCUGUUCUGUAAUGCUGUAAUCUCUACAAGUUAUCUGAGUUAGCCAGGAUCAUUAAUGUACCUGCCGGUGCAAAAAUGUUUCUAAUAAAACUUUUGCUUCUGCCUGAUGCAAUCAAGAAA